AUGUCCGUCGAAAAUGGAGUUUUGUAUCCCAUGGAUCCACCUCCAGGAAUGGUCCGUGAUGUCGGCCAGGCCGCCGAGUCUGCCCCCCUGGUGGUCAUCACGGCUGUCUUUUUCCCGCUGGCAACAGUAUGCAUGGUUAUUCGAGUCUACACGAGAGCAUGUAUUGUGUGCAAGCUCUCUUUCGAUGAUUAUCUCAUGAUUCUUUCCUGGGUGUGCACUGUGUUCCUUGUUUCAUUUACACUUAAUAUGACAAACUAUGGAAUGGGCAAACAUCUUUGGAACGUUCCAUUCUCACCAGAUUUAUUUCCCAAUUUCUCCUUGAAUAAUCUGCUCGCGGCCAUCUUUUUCUGUGCCGCCACUGGUUUCGCCAAGGGUAGUAUUCUCGUCUUCUACCUCCGAAUAUUUCCCAUGAAAUCCGCACGAAUCCUUAUUUGGACAGCCUUUGCCUUUAUCAUGGGAUACUCAACAGCCUCCGUUCUUGUCAACAUAUUCUCAUGCAACCCUAUCCGAGGCUCUUGGGAUCCAGAAGUCAUCGCAACCGCCAAGUGCAUCAACAGACCGGUGUUUUACUUUUUGCAAGCCGGCUUGGGAAUAUUUGCAGAUAUCUUGACUGUCUUGAUCCCACUUCCGUGGCUCAAGUCACUGAUGCUGCCCAAGAAGCAAAAGAUUGGCGUUGGUGUUCUCUUGACUAUGGGUGCAUCGGUUUGCGUUAUCAGCAUCAUUCGACUCCAGUCUCUUAGUGUUUUACUCCACGACCCAGAUCUAACUUGUGGCUCUAUGGCUACCAUCAAGCCAUUUCUCAGAAUUGCAAUCCCCCGCAUGUUCACCACAAACUAUGGCAAAUACGGUGCGAGUGCCAGUGCCGGCAUUCAUUUGGAGUCGAAGGACAGAAGCACAGGGCAUCAUUCACGAUCCUUGCAGAGUCUCAGACCAGUUCAUUCUUUAAAAACCCCACAGAUAAAUCAUUUCCACGCCACCAGCACAGAUGAGCUCGUCAUAGCAUAG